AUGGCCAAAGACUCCUCGCUCAGCAAAGAAGAGCGCCGCGCCGCUCGUAAGGCCGCAAAGUCAGAAUCCACCUCUACUCUCGUAGAACCGGCCGGAAUCUCUAAAGAGAAAUCAUCCAAGAAAGAGAAGAAGAGCAAGGAUAAGAAAAAGGCAGAGAUCGCGGAGAAGAUGUUGAAUGAGCUGGAGAAGGCGGAUGGUGCUGUCGUGGAGGUUAAGGGCGAUGGGAAGAGGGAAGUGCUAGUGAACGGCAAUGUAGGAAAAGAUGGAGAGGUUGUGAGUGAAAAUGAGGAUGAGACGAUGCAGAUUGAUGAGAAGGGUGCGGUGAGGCCAAUUGGUGCGCUUGUGCCGUUUGCGAAUCCGUUGGCGGACGAGAAGGUUGGCAAGAAGGUGUUCAAGGGGGUCAAGAAAGCCGCCGCUCAACGAACCCUCAAACGCGGCGUCAAAGAAGUCGUCAAGGCUCUACGUAAAUCCGUUUCUGAAGCCAGCGCCUCUUUGCCAGUAGGCAUUGUUGUCCUAGCAGCAGACAUCUCACCCAUGGACGUCAUCUCACACAUCCCAGUCUUGUGUGAAGAUCACAAUAUUCCAUAUAUCUAUGUCACCAGCAGAGCGGAGUUGGGCAUGGCGGGACAAACUAAGAGGCCAACAAGUGUAGUCAUGGUAGGGAGAGAUGUGCCCGUAAACAAGAAGAAAGGAGCUGAGGAGAAGGGGAGCGGAAAGGAAGACAAGGAAGAGUGGAGUGAGACAUAUAAGGGUUUGGUGAAGAUCAUCGAGAAGGAAGGGCGCCAUGUGAAGGUAUGA